UGGGAUUCCGGUUCUGAGGGCGACUUCAUUCACCCACGCAUGGUGAAAGAAUCCCGCUUACCCACGACAGGGUCUUCGACUCCCAUCUCCGUUACCCUAGGGGAUGACAAGACCCAACGCUUCUUCGAUCAGACGGUCACCGACCUCCCCUUCUUUCUCACUCUCGAGCCGACUGAUCGUUCCCCGGCGUCUCGUCGCCACCGCUCCUCUGCACAUUUCGAUGUGAUGGAGACGGGGUACGACUUCAUUCUCGACACUUUGUGGUCUCGUCGGUUCCGUAGCACCGAGGCCGAUUGGGCGACCAACACUCUCGUUCUCAAAACGAAGUGUGGACAGACAUAUCGCAUACCUUUCAUAGGUACCACUGCGACACCACGCCCCGAUCCUCCUCCCCCGGAGCCUUCCGUGCCCACACAAUCUCCUUCUAUCACUGUCACCUCGCCUCGACAGUUCGCCCAUUUCAUCCGACAGGACGACGUCACCUUCUUUAUGGUGAGCGUGACGGAUCUCUUACACUAUGGUCCACCUUGUCCCGACGCUGAGCUCAUCUCUCUGGAGCCAGAUACUCCUUCUAUCUCCAUGGCUCCCAUCUCUACUUCCCAACCUCCGCCGUCCGUCGAGUCCACCCCGCCGCCGCGCGCUGACGCUGACGCUGACGCUGAGGAACUCGCACGUUAUACGGCUGACCUGAAGCCCGCCGUUCGUGACCUCAUUCGAGAGUACCACGACGUUUUCCCAUCGUCGUUCUCGUACGCUGGCAUCCCACCGAUGCGCGAUGUCGAGCACUCCAUCCAGCUUGUGCCUGACUAUCGUGUUCACCACCAGGCACCCUACAGACUCUCGAUCCCCGAGGCCACCGAAUUCAAGCGUCAGCUUGAGGAGCUCCUGGGAUUGGGUUUCAUUAAACCCAGCAACUCCCCGUGGGGUGCACCGGUCCUCUUUGCUCGCAAAGCGGAUGGAACUCUUCGUCUCUGCAUCGACUACCGCGGUCUCAACCGCUACACGGUUAAGAACAACUACCCCAUGCCUCGUUCCGAUGAGUUGUUCGACCGCCUAACAGGCAACCGCUUCUUUACGAAGAUUGAUCUUCGUAGCGGUUACCAUCAGAUCCGCGUCGCUGCAGCCGACCAGCCGAAGACCGCGUUCCGAUCGAGCUUCGGCCACUACGAGUUUACGGUGAUGCCAUUCGGCCUCACCAACGCACCCGCUACCUUCCAGAGGGUGAUGAACGACAUCUUCAGGGACAUCCUGGAGCAGUACGUUCUCGUCUACCUCGACGAUAUCCUGGUCUACAGUCGUGAUUGUCCGAUAGCCUUCUACUCCCGUCAGCUUCUUCUCGCCGAGAUAAACUACACCGCUGAUGAACGUGAGCUACGUGUCCGAGCAGUAGCAGAGUUCCAUGACCAGGCAGCCGCCGGUCAUAUGGGCUUCCACAAGACGUUGGCUCGUGUGAGCCGCCUGUACGUCUGGCCGAAGCGCAAGGACUUUGUGAAGAACUACGUCGCAGAGUGUCCCACCUGUCAGGAGGUGAGCAGUGCGAACCACCUUCCUUAUGGGUUGCUCCAGCCUCUUCCUAUCCCUAAGGGUCGUUGGCAGCCCAUCUCGAUGGACUUUAUCCGUCCCCUUCGUUCUCCGACCCCUCGCGUUCAUGAUGCUAUCCUGGUGGUCGUCGACCGCUUCACGAAGCGUGCACGCUUUGUUCCGUGCCGCUAUGCCAUCAGUGCACGUGAGGUCGUCGACAUCGUAUUUGACCGAGUCGUGCGUGACCACGACUUACCUCUGAGCAUCAUAUCUGACCGUGACCCGCGCUUUACCAGCCGAUUCUGGCGACGGCUCCACGAGGUGUACGACACUCAGCUUCGCUUCUCCUCGUCUUACCAUCCUCAGACUGAUGGUCAGACCGAGAUCACGAACAAGACUCUCGGAGAUAUUCUCCGAAAGAUCGUUCGUGACGACCAGCAGUGGGAUCUCCAUCUUGCCCACGCGGAGAUAGCCUACAACCACGCCGUCUCGCUAGCCACGGGGAUGUCGCCUUACUAUUGCGACCUCACCCUCGUAUUCCCACGGACUUCCUUCGACCGUAACAAAUGCACCCCGACACGAGUUGUCCCUCGCUGGAUGAUUGGGUUGCACACAUGACGUCGAUCAUGAAGACCGCACAUGAGCACAUAGCCGCUUCCCAGACUCGCAUGGCAGCACGUGCGAACCAAUC